AUGACGACGCCCAAGAACUCGGUGGCCAAGAAGCGCAAGGCCACGCCCGCUGCGGCCGAUGACGACAGCACCAAGGCCAACACGACGCUGCAGGUGCACCGCUGCCGCUUCGUGGACUGGAUGCCGGCCGCCAUCCACGCACUCAGCUUCAGCCCGGGCGGCGACCGCUUGGCCGUGGCGCGCGCCAACGGCGACGUGGAGAUCUGGCGCGUGGGCAGCAAGUGGCACCUGCAAUUCGUGGUGGCCGGCUCAGCGCAGGCGCAGGUGUCGGCGCUGUGCUGGGCGCCCGAGAGCGAGCGCCUGUUCGCCGCGUCCCUGGACGGCACGCUCUGGGAGCUGGACCUGACGCGGCUCUGCAAGAAGCACGUGACCGACUCGAACGGCGGCCCCGUGUGGAGCAUGGUGCUGGACGCCGAGACGCAGCAGCUGGCCGUGGGCUGCGAGGACGGCCGCAUCCGCCUCUUCUCGUUCGCGGACGACCAGCUGCACUUCAGCAAGGCCUUCCUGACCACGGGCGGCCGCGUCGUGUCGCUGGCCUGGCACUCCAAGGCGGGCAAGAUCUUCUCCGGCAGCGAGGCCGGCAUCAUCCACUGCUGGAACGCCGCCACUGGCCGCAACGAGUCGCGGAUCACGCUCGAGACGCUGGCCAAGCAGAAGGCCGUGGUCUGGGCGCUGCAGGUGCUGGACGACCUGACGCUCGUGAGCGGCGACUCCACCGGUAGCCUCUGCUUCUGGAACGCGCCCACGGGAACGCUGCUGCAGAAGUUCUCGCACCUGACGGCCGACAUCCUGGCCAUCUGCGUGAGCCAGAACAACGACAAGCUCUUCGCCUCCGGUGUGGACAACCAGGUCGUCGAGUUCCGCCGCUCCGUCGCCGAGAGCGGCAACAGCACCUGGGCCUACUCGUACAGCCACCGCGGACACAGUCACGACGUGCGCGCGCUCGCGCUCUCGGCUGGGACUAACUCCGUUCUGGUCUCGGGCGGCAUCGACACCCAGCUCGUGUGGUACCGCGGCAACUCCUUCAACGUGUCCAGACCCGCCAAGAUCGCGUCCAUGCCGUACCCGCGUUCCAUUGCGCUGGCCAACGAGGAGCGCGUGCUCAUGGUGCAGAAGCCCACGUCGCUGGACUUGUGGCGCCUCGCCACGCAGUCGAGCGCUACUGGCGCCGUCACGAAGAAACACAAGCUGCUGCUGGAGCUGAACGUGGGCAAGGCGCUGAACUUGUCGUGCUCAGCGUUAGCCCCCAGCGCCGCCUUCGUUGCGUGUUCGAACUCGCAGGAGCUGAAGCUGUUCGAGCUGAACAUGGCGCAGGACUUCAUGCCCAAGAAGGUCACGAACUUGCCGCGUAGUGUGGCGGGUCCGGCGCGCGUACUCGCCUUCUCGCCCGACUCGACUCGUCUCGUCAUCGCCUCAGCUUCGCACCAGAUUCGCGUGCUGGACCUGACCAAGAUGGAGGUGCUCAAGACAUUCGAGGUGGAAGCUAGUGAGCCGUCCCCGCUUGUCUCGCUGACCAUUUCCUCGGACGGACAGUGGCUGGCCACGGGCGACGCGUCGAACAACCUCGCCAUCUACAACCUCGACUCGAUGCAGUUCUACUGCCACCUGCCUCGCCCCAGCGAGAUGCACACCAACAUAGGCUUCAACCCGUCGGGCAAGACUUUGGUGGUGACGCUCGUGUCCAACAGCUUCGUGUGCUACGACGUGGAGACCAAGGGCCUCUCGGAAUGGUACCGCCAGAACCACGAGCAGUUCCCCAAAGAGCUCGUGGAAGGCCGCAGCCUCAAGGGCAUGACGUUCGACCCGGCCAACCCGGACUUCCUGUACCUGUACUCGCAGCAGAGUCUGUACCAGAUCAACAUGGGCGCUUCCACCAAGAGCCCGCCCAAGAAGGCCCGUCGUCGUGCCAUGAGCGUCGGCACCGACUCCGACGGCAAGAACGACGCUGCCGAGGGCGAGCUGGUGGAGCUGGAGGACGGUUUCUGCCGCGUGGUCAACCGCUACCGCCCCCUGUCGUUCGUCGACUUUGUCGCGGAGAGCGAGAUGAUCAUCGUCGAGACCCCGUGGCUCAAGGUGCUGAGUCGCUUGCCUGGUGCUCUUCACCGUCAUAAGUAUGGCAAGUAA